AUGUCGACUUCAAAUGCUACCUGUGUGACCCCUGCCAUGUUUGUUUCCGGGGUCAUUGAUGUCCGUCUCUCACUCGACGGGGGAUCGACUUACCCCUAUGUAGGUAGUAUAGUGGUUGGCGACCAGCCUUCACCGGUACACCUCAGCGACUGGACAUCAGAGCCAGGCACUAACUUGGCGGUAACCUGGGACCCUGCUGGACUCCAUGGAAACGACAUGGUUGAGAUCAUUGUUUAUGAAUUUACCGUUGACAUCAACGGCCGUUACAGAUGGGAGCCUGUUCACAUUGUACCAUAUGGAAUUGUGAAUGAAGGUGGCAGGUUUGAGUUUGUGAUUAACCGUGAACGCAGUGUGGAUGAUAUCUCACCGAGGGUUGGAGCUAUUGGUGUUUUUACUCUGAACGAAGCAAAUUCAUUACUCGAAAGGAGAGCCAUUUGGAGCGAGAUCCACCCUCUCAACUGGUUGUAUCCUAUCAACAUGACGUCAUGGUGUAACUCAUGGAUAACUCGAGAACUCACUGAGCUUAAUCAAUGGCUCCCUCAACGACCAGUCUGCCCAUGUACAGAGAGACAAGCAAGGAGAGAUAUAGGCUCAUUCACUGUUUCCUUAGAAACAGACAGACCGGGUGUGACACUCUGCGUAAAUUCGAACAUUCCAAGUCCUUCAGGCGCAGGUCAGGAAUGCUGCUACAGCAGCGACGGUCACCUGAUUGAGGUGGAUGCUAUAGGAGCGGGGUUUUCACACCGUCAACACGAGCGCGUCACCUCGCCCAAUCUGUCAUCCGGACUCGGCCCAGUACCAGUUCUGUCCCACUAUCUGGCUGACACGAUGCCAUACUUGCAAUGCUGUGUAGCCGAUCAGAGCGAGAAUGGGCAAUUUUGUUAUCUUUACCGCACCGUCAGACCGCCGAAAAACUGCUACGGCUACCGCCCACCUCAACCAGUUGAUUAUGAUAGGAGGUGUUAA